UUCAUGCAUCAUGCUGGCUUCAAUGACUCCCGAGCUGCAAAAACAGCAUGAAGGGAUGACAGCGUUCGAUAUGAUCGAACAUCUUAAGACUCUUUAUGAAGAGCAAGCCAGGCAUGAGAGGUUUGAUGUCUCUAAAGCCCUGUUUUCCACCAAGCUGUCAGAGGGAGGUCCCGUAGGACCUCAUGUGCUCAAAAUGAUUGGGUACUCUGAAAACCUAGCUCGUUUGGGAUUUGUCCUUGAACAAGAGCUAGUCGUUGAUCUUGUGCUGCAAUCGUUGCCUGAAAGCUUCAACGGUUUUGUCCAGAACUUUCUAAUGAAUGAUAUGGACAAGACACUUCCACAGCUUGCAGCAAUGUUGAGAACUGCUGAGAAAAACAUGAAGGGAAAAGGAAAGGCUGCUGCCAUUUUAAUGGUUAAUAAUGGCAAGUUCAAAAAGCACCAUAAGAAGCCUAAUAAGUCUAAGGGAAAUGGCAAAGGCAAAGCUGUUGCCAAGCCAUCAACCAAAGCUUUGAAGCCUACUUGAGGCGUGGCUAAGGAUGGUAAGUGCUUCUAUUGCAACAACGCUGGGCAUUGGAAGCGAAACUGUCCAAAGUAUCUGGAAGAUAAGAAGAAUGGAAAUGUUCCUACUACUUCUGCAGGGUCUGAGAAAGAGUAGAGCAUUGGCAAAAGGCGAGGUCGAUCUUAGAGUUGGCAAUGGAGCAAAGGUUGCUGCUUUAGCUGUUGGAACUUAUGUAUUGACCUUACCUAGUGGUCUUUUACUUAAUUUAGAAAACUGCUAUUAUGUACCUGCCAUUAGCAGGAAUAUCAUUUCAAUUUCUUGUUUGGACAAGGCUGGUUUUUAUUUUACAAUAAAGAACAAAUGUUGUUCCGUUUAUUUGGA